GGGAAUCCUGAAUGGAAUGUUCUGAGGCGCGCGGACUGAAGGCAUCUUCACCCCUAACAACCACAACAUACAAACCAGCCAGCGCGCGAGCUGCUCAUGAUGGACGUUGUGGAUCCUGUUCAGUGUUACCUGAAUAACACCAUCCAGAUCAACAGACAGCUCCAUGAAUCUUUACAGAGGAAGCAGGAGGAGAUCUCAGCUCUAAAGGAGAGGAACUCUCAGCUGAUGGAGCUGCUUAAGCAAGCUGAUCAUUACGCUGCUUUACUCGACGAGCUCCAACUUCAGCCCGAGGAAUGUGCAUCACACCCAGCUGUAGCUCCCGUUCCACACCCACAUUCCCCGAGUGCUGAACCAGCUGAAUGGCAUCCAUCAUCACCACAGCCUUCCUGGCUGGAGUCCCUGCUCUUAGAUACGCCGCCAGAAAAGGAACAGGAAGAGCCGUACACCCCGGGGUCUGAACAACGCGCCAGCACACGCGUGAGGAGACAGUUAUGGCCGAGUCACCAUGACUCCAGCAGUGACGAGUGUUCCUUCACAGAAAGUCUGGGAUGGUGUCCUACAAAAAGACCAAAGCUGGACCAGGAUCUAGACUUCCCUCAACGUCUACACUCGGAGACCGUAUGUGUCUUCGGAUCUUUCCAUGGACUACAGGUUCUCAAACCCACGACACCAUCAACGUCUCAUUUCUGUAUGGAGGACACGGCGUGUUUUAAGACCUCCAUCAGAGAACACAGUACUGUCCAGACCAGAGCGUACCCUCAUGGAAAGACCCUAACUUCACUCACACCUGAUGGAUCCUGCAAGUUCCUCUGGGUUCCCAAACACAACUAAAUUCUCUGGCUUUUCCCAAAUACUAAUUAUCUAAUAGAUGCUGCAGGUUCUUUGGGUUUUGAAGCACAACUGAUGAAUCCUGCAUGUUCCUCUGACUUCAUUAAGAACAUAGACCCACAUAGAGGUUCUGUGGUUUGUCCUUGGUUCAGCACCAGUUCUUGAACUUAAAACUAACAGCAACUGCAGGUUCCUCUGGGUUCCCCAAACACCAGUGUGUUUUAGUAUUUAUUUACACACCGUAAUCCACAUUUUUUGCACAUUCACUUACUUGAAUUGAAUCCUGAAUGGCUUCUUGACUAUAUGUGGACACCACAUGGAGUAAACCAAUGAUGGGUAUGAUCCCAGUUUGGAUAUACUCAGUUCUCUGUGCACUCCCAGGGUGGCACACGUUCUCCACCAUGUAUCUUCACACCAUAGUGAGCCUCAACACUUUUUAUGUACACUAUAUGGACAAAAGUAUCGGGACAUCUUUUAAUUACUGAAUAAUAAACCAAUUAUAUAAAGGAUAUUAUAUUAUAGGCCUCCAGCUUUAGGGAAGGUCCUUUCCUGUUCCAACAUGACUGUGCACAAAGCAAGCUCUAUAAAGACAUGAGCUCUGGAACUGGAACAUCAACUGAGGCUUUCUUGACCAAGCCAUACAACACUUUGACUUAAUGGGCAAAAAUGGGCAUCAUACUUCCAAAUCUUGUAACAAGUCUUCUCAAAAGAGGGGCUGUUGUUCUGUCACUGGGGCGUCCAACAACCUCAUGGUCAGGUGUCCAAAUACAUUUGGCCAUACAGUAUAGUGUACCUUGUUCUUAGUUUGGUCUGACCUGAAGUGUCUCAGUUUUCCAUCAGAAGGAUGAUAAAUAGGUUUGUUUAAUAUAUAAAGCUUCACACUAUUUAAAU